AUGAAGGACGAAGACACGAAACCUAAGAUAUCAAAUACUCCUAAAAUCAAAUGUAAAUUGGUGUAUCAUUUCAGUUUUAUACACAACAGAAAUGCACUCAUCCCCGGUCGUGGAGUCCCUCACAACAAACAAAUGGUUGGAUCUCAACUUUCGGUGGAUUCUUAUGGAAAUAAAAAAACAACAUCUACACACCCUAACAAUAGUUAUAAGAGCUCAUAUGAACGGUCUAAUCAUUCGACAGUAAGUCAGUCAAUUCCAUCAUAUUCAGAUGCUAAUUCUAUAUCUAAUCAACAGCAGCAAUCACAAUAUCGUUAUUCUGACUCCUACAAUUUACACUGUCAGACAGAUUCUAAUCCACGUUCACUCACUAAUUAUCCUGAUGGCGUUAAUUCUACUUCUUCAGUGUAUACAAGUCCGGAAUAUAAUCCAAAUAAUUCAGAUUUAUGCACACAAACUAAUCAAUUACAAUCAUACCUACAUCGAGUAUCAUGUGGCUUAUCCCAGUGUCCUCAAUGUUAUCCAUAUCAUCAUUUUAUUGCUCAAUCUUAUAAUCUUCCUAACAAUGGUACAACUUUACAACCAUCUUUAGUAUUAUCUCCAACUGUAUUGAACAAUUAUUCAACUUCUGCUAUAUGCUGUCCAUCAGCUACUCAAAUACCCUAUUAUUUUUGGUAUAACCAUGAUCCUGAAUACCAAAAACAAUAUUAUCAAACACAAUUAGGUAUUUCUAAGUUGAAUGUAGACCAAACAUGUCCAAAUCCAUGUAUAAUGAUACCACCAGAAUCAGAUCUAAUACAAACAGUAGCAGCAACAAAUCAAACACGUCAAAAUGAAUCAAGUUACUGUAUGGAUCCGAGUAUUUUAGCUUCGGGAUCUUUGGUGGAGAAUGUUAAUACAGUAGUUCAUCCGUCUAGUUUAAUAAUGCCUAUGGCACGAUCGGUUGCUGUUACAUGUACAGUGAAUAGUAGUAAUUUGUUGUCUUCCAAAACAAAUGAUACAUCAGUAGUCAAUCAAACAGAUUAUUCCAAUGCAUCAAUAAGUCAAUUGAAUGGAUAUACAGCAGUUCCUAUAGACAGUGUAUAUGAUCCAGCUACUAGUGCUUGGUAUCCCGGUUAUUGGAAUUCUAGUAAUCUAUGGUUGUCAUCUACACCACAAGGCAGUUAUCUACCAUCGUAUAACAGAUCAACCCUACCCAUUUCAUCAUUUUCGCCUAAUUCACAAGCAUUCAAUCCAGAUGACUAUACAACUAUUCAUCAACAGUACAUUAAUUCAAUGAGUGGAGAUUUCAGUGGUGUUGUGAAUGCACUGAAUCAUCCUACAACAGAUUUAUUGACAAAUUAUAAUUUCAGGAAUGGAAUAAGCUUAAAUCAGCCAUCACAAUCAUCACAGCAAAUGAUGAUGCUUCAUAGUAACACAUCGUCUAUGCCAUCAUCGAUAUCGUCAACAACAACAUCAUCGUUGGCAGCAGGAACAUCAGUAUCAUCAACGCCUACACAUAAAAUUUCAUUAUCAUCGAAUCAGAAAGAAUAUUAUUCUUCACCAUAUUAUGCUAAUCCAAAGUCGAAUGAUAGUUUUACUGGCCUACAAAGUACUCAAUACUGUUCCUAUCCUUUACCUUAUUACAAUACUAAUGGUACUGUGACCAAUAUGCUAACUAACAAUAGUUCCACUGUCUCUAACAUUGCUCAUAAUAGCAAUAUUAGUGGUAACAACAGCAAUAGUAGCAACAAUAACAACAGUGCCAACAAUAUGCGUUUAAUUUUAACUCUAUUGGCUAAUUCACGAGCCAAUGCAACAGCUAUCACUACACCAAAUUUUGUUCCUACUCCAUAUCGAUACAGUCCAGAUCGUAAUAGUUUGUUGUACAAUCGCCAAAAGAUUUCUGUCAAUAAUAAUUCUUCCAAUACAAACACAACUCGAUGUAUAUCUAAAACAUUUCCUGACAGUGAAUUGGCACGUUUAAAUUUAAACGUUAAUCCUACGCGCUUCGAUGUAUCACUGGUACACAGAGCUCGUUAUUUCAUAAUUAAAUCAGAUUAUGCGUAUAAUGUGCAUCAAUCUAUGAAAUAUGGUGUAUGGUGUUCAACUCGUACUGGUAAUCAGUGUUUAGAUGAAGCCUAUCGAUCUGUACGUGCUCCUACAGGUAUAACAACCACAACUACAGUUGGUGUUAGUAAAAAUGAUAAUAAUAAUAAUAAUGGUAAUAGUUGUGUCGGAGCCGGUGCAAGUGCUGGAGGUGAUAAUGAGUAUGAGUUGGUCAUAGGUCAAUCACAUAACGAUCAAAUCAUUACUAAUACUACGAAUAAUGAUAAUAAUAAUAAUCGUAAUGAAUCACAUCCAACUAAUGAUCAAGGCAUAAAUGAUUGCGCUACGGUCACUGUCUCCAUGGAUUCCUUUGAUCAUAAUGAUAUGACAAUAAAUAACAAUGAUAAAUCUGAUUUGGCUAACAGUAAGACAGUGAGAAUAGACUCAACAAACUUGAAUAAACCAGUGGUGAUACCAGGAACAACAACGUCAAAAUCUAAAAGAAGUCUUCCAAUGUCUAACUUCAACACUACAUCAAAUUCAGCUCCUGGACAUAUUAUCUUAUUCUUUUCUAUUCGUGAGUCUGGUUAUCUCAGUGGUGUUGCAGAAAUGGUUAGCCCAGUGAAUUCACAAAAGCGUUCUACAAUAUGGCAAGAUUUACGGUUUAGAGGAGAGUUCGCUGUUCGGUGGUUGUAUAUCAAGCACAUUCCAAAUCAAGUGAUUAAACAUAUCCUAAUUGAGUGUUAUGACAAUCGACCAGUUACAGUACUACGUGAUACAAGUGAAAUUCUACCUCCAUCUAAAGGUGAGGAAUUACUGCGUAUUGUUCAUGAAUAUGGACUGUCGAUGCCAACACCGCCAUCGUCAUCCAUAGCAACAUGUGAAAAUUCUAGUUGCACCAUUGUAAGCAGUAAUGAUAGUUUACCGAUCAAUGAAAAAUCUAGUGCCUCAAAUGAAGUUAUUAAUCAGAGUACUACGGUAAUUACUUCGUUAUCUACAGUCCCUAACAGUAUUGCCUCUUCUACUGGUACUUCGUCAACACUUUCCAUUACUACUAUUGGUAGUAGUAGUACACAGGUUAUUACUAGUGUAUCUAGUAGUAUGAAAUCGAAUAAUAAUAAUAAUAAUAUGGGUGCUUCUUCUCCAGCAGUUGUAACCAUUUCUUCCAGUUAG